CUAUUUGCGGCUUUACUCGUGUCGGUUGCUGUUCGUGGUCGAGCUUGAGCAGAAAGUGGAAAAUUAUCAUAAAUCUCAUCCAGAGUUCUGUUUUGAUUCCUGCGCUAUGUCCAGAGUCCGGUCCAGUGCAAUACAGUCCAAUAUAACUGAGAACCCAUACGGCGCGGUGCUGUGUUGAGUGCCCAAUCCAAAUCCGAUUCCCAAUCCCCUCAACUACUCUGCUGUGUGUGUGUGUAUGUAUGCACACACGACAAUGUGUGCACAUACAUAUGUCUGCAUGUACAUACGAAAUUGAAAUUAUGCAAAAUGUGCAAUAUACUGGGCAGUCCAGUUAAGGAGCAGUGCUUCAAACGCGAUAUCGACGGAAAUGUAACUGCUACGUACUGUGCGUGCGAAUUCCACUGUACUUAUCCUGUGCUCAAACCGUCAAGCGAAACGCAUGCUUACAGCGCAUCUGGCACUUAACACAAUUUUCAAAAGUAAUUUGUCUGCGACUAAGGAUUCCAAAUAACAUAUAUUGCUUUAAUGAGAUGUUAUUAGAAUUGAUCGAAUGCGACCAUAUUUUUUCUCCUAAAUGGACAUUUAAUAAAUAGGAGAUGCAAGUGGAAAGAAAAAACCACCCACUGAUAAGUAGUUCCUUCACUCACGCGCCUACAGUAGCUUCAUUAGUCUUAGGAAUAGCUCCAAUAACAUCAGAAAGAUUUAUUGUUGCACCAGAAGAUAUCUUAAGAGUUUUGCAAACUUUGAAAUCUGCAUUGACUGAACAAACCAUAGAGCAGAGGGCAAGGAAACCUGUUAACACUGUAAUGGCAUCAAAGCGUGAUGUCAGCUUGGCACAGUCAGAUGGGACAGUGCCGACGGUGCCAUUGACGCCAUCAACCCCAUACUUAAGUAGUUCAGAAAGUGGCAACAAUGAACAAGGCAAAUAUAUAUCUGGCCUGCCGAAUAAUCGUAAACGCCUGAAGCUGUCCACUCUUGAACUAAACAGCAGCCAGGGCAGUGAUGUGGACAGUCCGAUUGAGCCAGAUUUGGAUCCGAAUGCAAGAAUCUCAGAAAGUAAGGCGGAUGAUUAUGCUGAUAUGGAAAAUCAUCUCCCAGGCAAUUGCAACAGCGUCAUUGAAGGGGCAUCAUCUGGGGACAUCUCAAAGAUAAAAGGUCCAGAAAAAUUAGUUCAAUUCGAAAAGAACUGCUAUGUGCCCCCGGAUCAGGCGCUGGUUACUAGUGUGGAAUUGGUAGUUCCAGCUCCUCAGAACUCAUCGUUAAGCAUACAGGUUGGGCGCUCCGAGGAGACAAAACAAAGCGCCCUUAGAGAACCCUCGGAAGCUUCGUCAUCGACCAUUGAUAACAAACUGCAGUAUAGUACGUCUGGUCCUUACAACUCUAGUAGCUCCACAAAUAUAUUAGCAAACGAUAAAAUCGAUGGUUGUGCAAAUGACUCUUCCAAUUUGAACUUAAGAACUCCUACUAAGUUAGCAGUAACAACAGCAACGAGUGAUAUUUUGAAUAAUGAUCGAAGGGCUUCUUUAUGGGCGCCUCACCAUGACCAGUCGAGGCAAACGCAGCAGCAGUCGAGUGAGCCUAAGCAAGAGCCUGUGAGUGUUAGCUCCGAACUGUCAUACCAGCUGCAGCAUCGUCAAUCGGAACUACUUCUGCAAGUUGAGAAGGAGAUCUCAGGAACGGGUGCUUUUUCUCAGGCAAUUCCAUUGCAGCAUCAACAUAAUAAUGGUAUUCAUGAGCAAUAUGGCCAAGGAGAGGCGUCUUCUAUCAUGGGAAACCAGAUGCAUCAAAGUUUUUAUACACAAAUGAUGCAUCAGCAGAAUCUACAUCCAAGUCAGCAUCAACAAAGCAUGCAUGAACAUUGUCCUCGACUUCAGCAGCAUACAGGUUAUACAAGCUAUAUCCCCCAUUAUCAGAAUUCUCCGUUGUUUGGUACUCAUCAAAGUGAUCAUAUCCAACGACAGCACCAGCAGCAGCCACCUUCUCAACAUCCCAUGGAAUGUCAUGCGAAUUUGCAUCAAUCAGCAUCUAUUUCACAGCAACACGAACAACAUUUGCAACAUGAACGGCAGCAAAUUCAUCAACACCAGCAUCAACCGACACAGCAACACCAUCCACUGCACGAAAACUACCAUGAUAUUAUUAUGGAGGAAUUCCAUGAGGAGCCUAGCACAGCGUUUAAAUUUUGUCGUUGCAAUCGCGUAGUUCUAGUUUGCAAGACUUUUUCUGACAACCUGAACGCUCUCGUGCUUAUCCAUCAGAAUCAGAAGAAACCCGAUGAGCUUGGAUUAGCAAAGAACCUUCUUACCGGUGAAGCUCACGCUGACCCCGCUACGUGCUCAUCCAACGGUAUUCAAGGACAGCUUCAUGCCACCCAGACACAUCUCGAGCUGAGUGGAGACACACGAUGCUCAAGCCAUACCUCGGCUGUCAACCCCUACAGUUUUAUGGGUGAGGAGAUGCGUAUGCAUUCCCCAGUCAAUCGACCUAUGGAGACGGUAACUACUGAAACGGCUCGGUACGCGUCGGUUCCAGCGCCAAUGUCAACUUCAAAUGGCAAUCAAGAGUCCCUAAGCGGAGAAUUAUACCAACACACCCAUCAUAGUACAAGUAUCUUGGAACCAACUGAAAGCUCUCAAUGUGACUUGCAUUCUAAGCCAACGCCAAAAAAAAGGGGUCGCAAAAAAAAGUUGGUGGCUGACAGUACUCAGAUAUCAACACCAUCGAGUCAACAAGAAAUGUCUGCCAUGACUGCAAUUUGCGAAGAUGGUGGUGUUGAUCACAUAAAAGCCAUGAAACCAAAGGAACGCAAGAAGCAUGACAGAUUCAAUGGAAUGUCUGAGGACGAAGUAAUUAAACGGACUAUUCCCGAUCACCUGUGUGAUAACCUCGAUAUCGUUAUAGUAGGAAUAAAUCCUGGAUUGUUUGCUGCAUAUAAAGGUCACCACUACGCAGGACCAGGAAAUCACUUCUGGAAGUGUCUUUACUUGGCAGGACUUACUCAGGAGCAGAUGAGUGCCGAUGAAGACCACAAAUUGCUAAAGCAAGGAAUUGGAUUUACUAACAUGGUCGCGAGAGCCACUAAGGGGUCAGCUGACCUCACAAGAAAGGAAAUAAAAGAGGGCAGCCGAAUUUUGCUGGAAAAGCUUCAAAGAUUUCGGCCAAAAGUAGCCGUUUUUAAUGGCAAACUUAUUUUUGAGGUGUUUUCUGGAAAGAAGGAGUUUCACUUUGGUCGGCAACCUGAUCUCGUUGAUGGCACUGACACAUACAUUUGGGUGAUGCCAUCAUCAUCAGCACGAUGCGCACAGUUGCCUCGCGCUGCCGACAAAGUUCCCUUUUAUGCGGCCCUAAAGAAGUUUCGGGAUUUUCUAAACGGGUUGAUACCCCACAUCGAUGAGUCCGAAUGCGUGUUUACAGACCAGCGAAUUCGACAGUGUAGCGAGCAGCAACAAGUUGAAACCAGCGGAAAAAAUAAACAAACUCAUCAAACUUCACUUGGAGAUCCUCAAGCGAGUCUUACUUUUGUAGGUAACUGCGGUGGUACAAGUACAGGUGCUACGGAAUGUGGAAAUGUCACCGAGGAGGCAGAUGACAAACUGAUGCCCCAUUUGACUGGCAAAAUGUCUUUUUCCAAUACUGCUACGGAUCGUGGAACAUUUUCGUUUACGGGAGACGAUAGAUCCAUGCUGCCAAUAACAAAUCACAACACCGCCCCCAAUGAAAGCACUUACUUGUCUGUGUUUGGUGCGCAGCAAACCCUGCCCCAGCAACCAAUAGAGAAGAAAAAACGUGGUCGUCCAAAGAAGAUAAAGGGACAAGAGAUUAUUGAUCAUUCCGUGGGCGGCAAAAUCAGCAUUGGUGGACAACAUAUGCCUCAACAUGAUUUUAAUAAUAUUCUAAACCUUUCGGUUAUCCCUGCCGGCGGCUGCAUUGAAACUCCAAAAAAAAAGAGGGGCAGGCCAAAAAAAAUAAAACCCGCCAUUGACAAUAUUCUGUCAGUAAAACAGCUUCAGCACGGAAACUCUAAUCCAAACACGACAACCGGACUGUCAGUAAACUCAAUGCAUCCACUAUCAAUGGAGCAUAUAGCAGCGUCCCCGCAGAGCAGUCAUCAAAUGCCGCCUAGUUUGUACAACACACCACCACCAUCACACCUUUUGUACAACGCAUCGGCAUCACCGAUGGCAUCCCCCGCCCUCAAUUGCAAUUACAAUCAAGUGCACGGCCAUGGAACUCCACCAGUGGGACAUGCGACUCCCGUCGCUCAGGGUUCGUCACCCAAUAUCGACCCCCAAAACGAGCACCUAACUCCCCAGAAGCAAAAUCAGCAGGGAAAUAUGGAGGCUGGACUAGAUAUGCGGGAACACCCUCAUUUGGGUGAGACGCCUCCUCCAAGUUCGCCAAACAUGUGUCCUGCUGUCGAUUUUGAUCCACCAAACGAGCACUCCGACCCGCAAGUGGGCGCAGGGGAGCCAAAUAAAACGGUUGAGUUGGGUCACCAGCAACCGCCAACAGUGGAAAAGGAUCAAUAUGGUAGUCCCGCACAUGAUGCCGAGGCAAACAUAGCUCAUCCUUCCGAGCACUACCAGCAAUGGGCUUCGCCGCAUAACCAACAAAGUCUUCAGCCAGCGCAGAAAGUAACACAUCAGCACCUUCAUCACCCCAUUCAGCACUUCCAGCAGGAGCAGUCCGACAACUGGCAGCGCUACGAACAACAUAAUUCGAAUCCUUACAUGCUGAUUUCUGCUCACCACCAGAAUCUCAGUCCGCGGGUAGGAAAUCAAACCCAGCACAAUACUCCCCAACCAGGACAUAUCGUCUCAGACGUUUCUCGCAAGAGCUUGUGUGGCCUCGAAUCGCUGGUUGAUCAAAUACCAGCAAUAAGGGAACACGAAUGCAGCAAUAUACCAUUGGCAACAGCAGCGGCAGCAGCGGCUGCUGUUGAAAGUCGUCUUUUAGGCUUGCAACAACAGCAGCAGCAUCAGCAGCAGCAGCAACAACAGCAGCAGGAACAGCAGCAUAUACAGCAGCAACAACAACAAUCACAACAACAGCACCAGCAGCAACAACAACAUCAACAACAGCACCAGCAACCAAAACGCUGCAUUCCAGAGAAUUCGGUGCAAACGGAAUCAUGUAGACCGUCAAGAGAGAAUAGCAACGUCAGCAACAACAAUUUUUCUGUAAGCAGUCUAGCUGCAUCCGCUUUGACUGCAAGAACUGAGAACGAAGCUAUAUAUGGCAACAGUGGAGAAACCCGAGUCAUCAGUGAAAGUAGCAAUAGUAACAACAACAAUUGUGGCAACAGCAUCGAGUAUUCUAUUCAUAGUCCAUCCGGAUAUCAUCAUCAUGCCCCUCACUUAAUGGGCGCUAUAGGGGCGAACAUUAACAACUCAGAGCCCAAUCCGCAUCACCUUUCCCAUCCUCAUCCACCUCCUCACUCACAUCCGCAUACAAUGUACGUGGACCAAGCGCAUCAUAUGGCUCACAUCCCUUCAGUAAAUGUAAAUUCAAUGUACAGUGCAUCUGCAUAUGGAACGCAUCCACAACAUACUACAGGGGAGUAUUCAGCAUCACACAGUCACUAUAGUCUGGGCGGCACCAUUCAGUCGACCGGACAAACCAGCACUGCAACUUUACACGUCCCGAGUCCAAAUUAUCCUUUUUCACACCACCCAUAUGGUCACACUCCGCCCCAAGCAAAUUACCCAAGCUAUACUCAUCCACAUACUCAUCAUCCUUCACACCAUAGUCAUCCCUCACAUCAUCUGAGCGUAUUUGAUCACUUGAAACCGUCCGACAUAAGUGGGUACGGCGGUUUUUGAUUAAAAGAAGAUCAAGAGGAUACACAGUAACCGUUACCAAUAUCAAAGUCGCAACUAUCCGAAUACAGCGACUUGAUGUAAAUGUAAAUCUUAUAAGAUUUUGCGUCCCGCCGCAUCUCAGCAAUAUUUAUCAAUCUCCGGCUUUGCCGAUUCUAAAUUAAGGAACUUUUAGAUCUUAUAUAUAUAUUAGGAUAACCAAAGACUUUGCCUAAUAGAAUGAUUUAAGCGUUACUUUCUUUAAUUACAAAUAACUAAAUAUGAUAAUGUUUACUUAAACUAUAUACGUAACUUACAAGAAAGAUCAAUCCCGAAACGUUUGUUUGUACUUAAUAUGAGAUAAUUUAAAAAUACUUUAUUUUAUCCACACAUAAAUAUUGCAUAACUUACUAUUUAAUAAUAAAGUAUCAAAACGAUAUUCAAAACAGAGUUAGACCUGUUUCCAAUGUAGCAAUAUAUUUUUCAGUUGUCGAUCCACCACACCAGGCUCACCGCUUUGGUUUGAAAGCUAUUUCGCGCUUAAAUAUAAAAUAUCUUAUAUUUUUCUUUAAUUUUAUUGAUUAGAGCUGAUAAAACCAUUCUUCUAGGUUAUGCAAGUUUUUAUUAUUGUAAGGAAAUACAUAACUAUAUUGGCAGUAGGUCUCGUUAAAAUAGGAUCAAAUAUAAGUAAUUCCUCCGAGUAAUCAAACACGUUUUGAAAAAUUAUAUCAUCUUUGUUUGUCAAUAAACGGUUUAAUUUGAUCACAAAAAAACAUGCUCCAGUAUUCGCCAGUCGGUUAAUGUAUCGAUUUACAAUCAGCUCAAAAGCAGUCUCGGAUGCUGGUAUUCAAUUUUAUUUAUUUUUUGUAAAUGGAAAUCUAUUAUGUAUUAAUUAGACAAUUCGAUAUUUGAAAACUAAAACAUCGUAUUUCGCUCUUAAGUUUUUUGAUUUGGCCUUAUUUGUUUUUAAUAAAAUCAUAUUAGGGCGUUCAGGAAAAUAUCUAUUAAACACACUCAGUAGGCGCUUUUACGAACAUCAAUUAUCAAUAACACUGGUUGGUUGAAAGAUUUAUAUGAUGCAAGAGUUGUAUACUGCAAAUAUAUUGUCAUAGAUUUCCAAUUUAUUGACAUUCUCAAUAUUAAUAUUCUUUUCUUCACUCAAAAAUGCGUCAGCACCAUUUUUUUCAAUUGAAAUUUUCGUUCUCCUCAGAUGGGGAAAAGAAGACGAAGAAUAUAUGCCGUAUAGUUGUUGUAAUUCAAAGAAUGAGCAUCGAGAUAGAAUUUAAGAAUAGAAACUAUUAAUAUUAAUGUAUAUAAUUAGAUACAUUAUAAACUUAAUGUAAAUUCACUUUUGCUCUACAAGCUUACUAAAUAUUUAAACUAAAGGCAUUCUUGUGCAUACUGCGAAUUUAAAGUAAGUUACACAUUUUUUAGGUUUAUAGAAAAAUCAUUUAAUUUUGUGUAUAUUUACAAUUUAAAAACUAAUAUUAGCAAGGCAUUAACUAAUAAUAAAAAAAGUUUGAAAGGUGCAAUAAAUAUUGAUCGAAUGAAAAAUAUAA